CUGCACAGGAAAGGGUUAGUCUCAAAGCAGACUGGACAGUCAUUUGAUUGUGCUGCUGACUCGUUAGCAGAAAUGGAAUCUGCUGACUGUUGAAAGUUAUGUGAGAGGGUAAACCAGCUUCCUUCCUCUUUCCUUGGUUCAUCUCCUGAACCCUGCUGGACUCAGGCCCAGUUCUGCGUGGACUUUGAAGACCAAAAUGCUUCAGGAUGUACAUCCCAGUCGCCUGCGGCUGCUUCAACCACUGACAGCUUUAGUUUCGCUGCUGCUGGCUUCUGCAGACCGGGGAGCUGGUCUCCCGAAGGCUGUGGUGAGCCUCCAGCCCCCCUGGUUCCAGGUGUUCCCCGAGGACAACGUGACUCUGACCUGCCAGGGGGCCCACAGCCCUGGGGACAACUCCACCCAGUGGUUCCACGAUGGGACCGCCAUCCCCACCCAGGUCCAGCCCAGCUACAGCUUCAAGGCCAGCAGCAACCACAGCGGGGACUACAGGUGCCAGACGGGCCAGACCAGCCUCAGCGACCCUGUGCACCUGGACGUGACUUCCGCCUGGCUGCUGCUCCAGACGCCCCGCCUGCUGGUCCCGCAGGGGGCCCCCAUCGUGCUGCGCUGCCACAGCUGGAGGAACUGGCGCCUGUACAAGAUCCAGUUCUUCCAGGACGGGAGACCCAAGUGGUUUUCAUACACGAACGCCAGCUUCUCCAUCCCACACGCGAACGCCAGCCACAGCGGCGCGUACCACUGCUCAGGGCUCCUCGGGCAGACGCAGCACACAUCGCAGCCCGUGAACAUCACCGUCCCAGCCCUUUCACCCGUCCUUCCUCCGUGGCCCCAAAUCGCGUUCUGCCUGGUGAUGGGGUUCCUGUUUGCAGUGGACACGGGGCUCUAUUUCUUUGUGCAGAAAGAACUUCGAAGCUCAGCGAGGGACUGGAGUAGUGACAAAGUCACAUGGACCAAAAGCCCCGAGGACAAGUAACGCCUCCUCCUCGCACCUGGAAGAGCUACAGGUCUCCGCAGGCCAGACCUCUGCCCCUCCCCAGCGCCUCCUGGUGGGCGAGCUGGAGCUGCGAGGGCCUGGGGGCAGGAAGGGCCUGUCAGCUCAGAGCCAACCACCCCCAGGCUCUCCCUCACUGACUUCCUGCUGGCAAGAGGACUGACCUGUGUCUUCACAGGCCCUCACAGAGGCCUCAGACACACGCUCACCAAGUCCUGCUUCCACUUUCACAUCAGCCCAGCAGCUGAGCGCGGCUCGGCUCCGUCCUCCAGGCCGGCUAGCCUCCCGCAGGCCUGUUCUCGCCAGAGCCACCUCUAAAGUGCUUACCGGCCACUUCUGUGCUCCAAGCCACGCAACGCGUCCCCUUGCACUUAGGAGAAAGCUCAGGCCUUGGCGGCGCUCUCAGGCCUCACUGCCUCCACCUCGGCUGCUCCUGGUCCUUGCUUCCCCAGGGUUUAUGUUAUUCCCUGUUUCUGGAUGUUCUUUCUUACAGACGUGUCAUCAUACGUCAACAUGGACUUUACCCAAAUGUCACCUAUCAGCGAGGCCUCCUUGAUCAUUCAGUAUGAUUCCACCCCACCGUCUCCUGACCCCCCUCGCCUGCUCACCUGCUCACCUGCUGAGGGUUUACUGCCCAGCCCGCCCGCCCUCGGACCCAGCCCCAGGAGAGCAGGGCCUUUGCUCACUGCUUACACCACGGCCCAGCGCGGUGUCUGGCACGUGGUAAAGAACUCGGUGUUCGUGGAAUGAGUAAAGUCUUUAGCAAAUUUAGGAGAUUUUAAAUCUAGAAA